AUGGAGCGCAUGGCCAGCCUGGAGCAGAAGCUCACAGGGGACGUAGCAGGCCUGAAAAAGAACAUAAGGCGAGUGGCUGAGGUGGUAAACGUCGACAUCACACCUAGCCACACACACGACCACCCAUUUACCGAAGAGAUAAUGGCGCCACCUCUCCCCGACAAAUACAGGUCACCGUCGAUCCCACCAUAUGAUGGUCGAGGGGACCCCGACGAUUAUCUAGAAAUGUACACGGGGCACAUGCUCUUACACGGGUAUGCCGAGGAAAUUAUGUACCGAGCCUUCCGGAACCAUUUGACGGACUCCGCCCGAAGAUGGUUUCGGACGCUGAGGCCAAACUCCAUCUCAAGUUGGGAUGAGCUGAAGGAAGCAUAUUUCCUCCAAUUCAUAGGGGUUAAAAAAUAUGUCCCCCCGCAGCAGAACCUGACAACGAUAUACCAAAAGCCGAACGAGCCAUUAAGAGAAUGGCGGUAUGGAGAAGCUGUCACCGCCACAAUGGACAUAACUGACAAAGAGGCCCUGAUGGGGGCAUUAUCUAGAUACAUCAACACCGAGGAGGCAGACGCAAACGACCCCGAGCACAGGUCCAACAAGAACAAAGGGACCGAACAAGGGUCGACGCCAACAAAGCAGGAUGGGAAGAAGCGUCGAGGUGGAGGAAGCAGAGACAAGCAGCCAGCUGCGACGUCGAGUGCUCCGAAAGCCAAGAAGCCAAAACAAGAGGAGAACCGUAAGCCUCAGCUAUUUCAAAGGUUCCACGGCGAUGUCGGCCACCACACCAACGAUUGCACCGACCUUAAGGAUGAAAUCAAGAGAGUAAUCCGUGAGGGAAGGCUACAGGAGUUCAAAGCUGAACGGAGACCUCGAAACGAUGGCCACGGUGGGCAGAAUGACGGUCGACGCCGAGAGGAGAACCAACGUCCCGAAGACCGAGAACCUGUCAGCGUCAUACGAACUGUCCUCGGUGGCCCCUAUAUAGGAGGAGACUCGAGGAGAUCCCAUAAGGAUGACGCCCACGAGGCUAGAGGGGUUUACCAAGAAAGAUUCUGGAGUGUCUCCGCUGUAAAAACCCCACGAUAUAGCAGUGACGACGUGGCGUUUAAUGACAAUGACGCCAGCAGAGUUCACUUCCCCCAUAACGACGCAUUAGUAGUGGAAGCCAUGAUUAGGAACCACAUUGUAUGCCGAAUCCUGGAAGACAAUGGGAGCUCGGUGGACCUCCUUUACUCCGACUACUUGGAAAAGAUAAGGAUUCGAAAGGACCAGUUGGAGAAGACCUCAAGGCCAUUGUACGGUUUCACCGGAAACUCCAUCAUCCCUCAGGGGACUAUUCGAUUGCCCAUGACCGCCGGAGAAAAACCCCGAUAG